AUGUUCCGCUGUGCCCACCGCACGCCUGCUGUGCCUGCUGCCGCUAUUCCUGCCGUGUCUGUCACCGCCGCGCCUGCUGCGCUCGCCGCGCUUGCUGCGCUCGUCGCGCCUGCUGCGCUCGCCGCGCCUGCCGUGUCUGCACACCUGCCCGCGCCUGCUGCCGCCAUGCUGCCCGGCGGCACCUGCUGCCGUGCCUACCGCUGCGCCUCCUAUAGCGCCUGCUGGCUGUGCCUCCUGGUGCACAUCUGGCUGCGCCUGCCCCUGGCCACCCUACAGUCGCACCUGACGAGCAGCUGCCGUUGUGCCCCUGCUCACUCCUGUCAUGGCGUCUAA